AGCAAAAUGUGAAGGAAAUAUGGCGGCCCACAUGAUUGAGGAGCGAUGUUUCGCAACAGUUUUAAAUAUUAUAAAAGUCGAAAUCCCGCACCCAAUCUAGGCAAUGUGAUUGAUCUUGAAAAUCCAAAUCGUGUCAGAGUUAGAAGGAUUGAGGCACAUGCAACUGGCGAACAGAUUGAGGACAAUUUUGGUCUUAAAUCGAUAAAAAAAUGGAAUAUUUAUGAGUUAUUAGACAUUCCUGGACUCAUCUUCAUUCAGAAUCCAUUUACAUCUGAUGGCCAACGAUAUUGGAUCACAAAGUGCCUGAAAGAUUAUUCUAAAGAACCAUAUAAAUUAAAUAUAGACGCUCAUAACAUUUUAGAAAAUGAAAAUUGGUGGGACAUAUGUUUUGGAACUUCGGAAAAGGCUAAAACCCUCUUACCAAAGCUACGUUGGGCAACACUGGGAUAUCAUCAUAAUUGGGACACAAAAUUAUAUUCAGAAAACUCGAAAAGCGACAUGCCGACGGAAUUAUCUAGUCUUAUGUCUAUUCUUGCCAAGGCAUUAGGAUUCUUGGAUUUUAAGGCGGAGGCUGCGAUUGUGAAUUAUUAUCGAAUGAAUUCGACCUUGGCUGGACAUACAGAUCAUUCAGAAGUGAAUGUUGCAGCACCACUUUUCUCCAUAAGUUUUGGACAGACAGCAAUUUUUUUGAUUGGUGGUCCUAGACAAGAAGAUCCAGCUAACGCAAUCUUUCUGCGGAGUGGAGACGUUGUAAUAAUGUCGGGAAGCUCUCGUUUGAGAUAUCAUGGGGUACCGCGAAUUUUACUGGCGUCCAAGUCACCCUGGGACGAUAACUGCAAGGACAGUCACGAAAAUUUUGUAUAUAAUCUUGACGAUUGGCGUAAAGCGCGAACUUAUAUUGCCGAAGCUAGAAUUAAUAUGAAUGUAAGACAAGUUUUGAAACCAGGACAGAUUGUACUAUGUUAAACUGCAUUGUAUUUUUGUACAUAAGUAUUAAACAUAUUUAUUUUGCCAAAAAA